GAGACAGUAAUUUUUGUCAAUUUUUCCAAAUUUUAAUUAUUUUCUCAAAUAUUACCCCACAAUGGACAUUACGUAUUAUAAAUACGCUAUUUACCUUGUAACCGUUUAUCAAACCGAAUUUGAAUAUUAAUGCAGAACAUUUUUGUUCAAGAAUCCCAAAAAAGUUUGCUAAAUUUGAAAUUUUUAAAUUGAUAAACAACCAAAUCAUGAAAGAAAAAUGCCUACGAACAGGACCACUGUGUCAAGCGCGCUCCGACGCCGUGUCGUGUUCAAGAUCAGACCCGAACAAAACCGGCUACGGGAUGGAUAGGAAAACGCACUUAACCUCCGAACCAAUUUGGCAAAAACUCCAACAAUAUUAUGAAACGAAAGGCCAAAAUCUGGUAAUCAAGGACCUAUUUGGAAGCGAUCCAGGAAGAUUCGAAAAAUUAAGCCUCAAAUUACCUACCCCAGAGGACGGUGAAAUCCUGCUCGACUACUCGAAAAAUCGCAUCGACAGUGAAGGCCUCAAUUUACUCUUCGAACUUGCCAAACAACGAAAUGUCGAACAAGCCAGAGACGAAAUGUUUAAUGGCAAAAAAAUCAACUUCACUGAAGGCAGAGCCGUCUUGCAUAUUGCCCUGAGAAAUAGAUCCAACAGGGCCAUUUUGGUUGACGGCAAAGAUGUUACGCCCGAUGUUAAUGCUGUUUUGGAACACAUGAAACAGUUUACUAAUUUGAUAUUGAGUGGACAAUGGAGAGGAUAUUCUGGUAAACAAAUUACCGAUGUCGUCAACAUUGGUAUCGGAGGCUCAGAUCUCGGUCCUCUGAUGGUAACCGAAGCCCUAAAACCCUACAACAAAGGCUUACGAGUCCAUUUUGUCUCGAACAUCGACGGAACUCAUUUGGCAGAAACUCUGAGAAAAGUCGAUCCAGAAACUGUAUUAUUUAUUAUUGCUUCAAAAACAUUCACUACUCAGGAGACUAUCACUAAUGCCACUUCAGCUAAAGAAUGGUUCCUGGGACAUGCCAAAGAUGCUUCAGCAGUUGCCAAACACUUUGUCGCUCUCAGCACCAACGAGCCAAAAGUCAAAGAUUUUGGUAUUGACCCCGCCAACAUGUUUGGUUUCUGGGACUGGGUUGGAGGGAGGUAUUCCUUAUGGUCAGCCAUUGGUCUAUCUAUUUGUUUGGCCGUUGGUUAUGAUAAUUUCCAACAAUUGUUGGAGGGAGCUCAUCAUUUGGACAAGCAUUUCCAGACUGCGCCACUGGAACAAAAUGCUCCAGUAAUUUUAGCCUUGCUCGGAAUCUGGUACGACAACUUCUUUGGAGCUGAAACUCAUGCCCUUUUACCAUACGACCAAUACCUACACCGAUUUGCUGCGUAUUUCCAGCAAGGCGAUAUGGAAAGUAAUGGAAAAUAUGUUACUAAAAGUGGCAAACCAGUUGAAUACAACACUGGUCCAAUUGUCUGGGGCGAACCUGGUACCAAUGGCCAACACGCUUUCUACCAACUAAUUCAUCAGGGUACUCGAAUUAUUCCAGCUGAUUUCAUUGCUCCAGCACAGAGUCAUAAUCCCAUAGGUAACAGUCUGCACCACAAAAUUCUGUUAUCCAAUUUCCUGGCUCAAACUGAAGCUUUGGCUUUCGGAAAGACAUCAGAACAAGCCAGGGCAGAACUGGAAAAAUCUGGACUGCAAGGGGAAGCCUUGGAGACAAUUUUACCGCACAAGGUAUUCCAAGGAAACCGACCCACAAACAGUAUAGUUGUUAAGAAGUUGACACCGUUCACUUUGGGAGUACUCAUCGCUUUGUAUGAACACAAAAUCUUCACCCAAGGCAUCAUCUGGGACAUCAAUUCCUUCGACCAAUGGGGAGUAGAGCUUGGCAAGCAGUUAGCCAAAGCUAUCGAACCUGAACUCCAAGAUAAUACACCAGUGUCAUCACAUGAUUCCUCCACUAAUGGACUCAUCAACUUUAUUAAAGCCAACCGUUAGAAAAAAAAAAUGUUCGGUGUAAGGGUGCGAUUGCCAACAUUUUCCCUAUUAGAAAUUUCCCUUACUAUAUUAGACUGUCAGGUUUGGUGUUUAAUAUGGACGCACCCCAAGAUCUUUACUUAUGGCAUAAUAAGUGAGGACUAUAAUCACCCGUUAGAAAACCCAAAUUAAAAAAUACAUGGUAUGGCAUUGGUAGAGGCACAGCAAAAUGAGCUAUAAAUGUGGUUAUUUUACUUUUCAAAAAUAGAUGAUUGUGAACGUAAUUUAUUAUUAAUUAUUUUGUUUAUGUUAUAUAUUUUAUUUUUGUCCUUUUGAAUUUAUUAAAUGCUACUGUUUUCAAAAAGGAUGAAUUUUUAAUUGGGGACUUCUUAAUGGAAACUGGUUGAUAAAUAUUGUAAACAAUUUAUUUUAUAACUACAACCUGAUAACUUGAUAUUUUGAAAAAAAUUAACAAAACAAUAUUUAUUGAUAUUAACUUCAUGUUUUGAAGCAACAUACAGGAUGCACCAUUUAAAGGCAAUAUUCAGUAGGUAUUUAUCCAAAAAAUAAUAAUAUAUUCGAUGUAUUGCUGCAAAAGAAAACAAGUUGAAAGAGCAAAACAUUUGCAGUCUUUUUAAUUGGAAAACCCUGUAUAUAAAUUAACACCAACAACAAACCAUAACAACCAGGCUAUUGAACAUUGAUUAAACAAUUUGUGUAAGUCAAUUUACACUUUAAUCCAUUGUAGGUAACAAAUAAGUACAUCUAUAUAGUCUUAUAAACUACCAACUUCUUAGUCUUGAAAAAAAUUACAAAUUUUAGUUGAGUUGGUCAGUAUUGGAAAUAAUAUAAUUUUGUUUAAGUGAACAAUAAUUGGAAUUGGUGUUUAAGCUCCAAUCCGAUUGCUUCGUUUCUUCAAGACUAAGAAGAUUUAUUUCAGAUAACAUAGGAAAAUAAAGUAGUAAAUAUUUUAAAUAAAAACAGUAUAAGAAAGUUCUAGAAGACCUAGAGUUACAUACUAAAGAAAAAUCAGUCAAGAAGUUAGGCCUAAAAUUUUAAACAAAAUAACACAGAAUACUUUGGUUAUUUACGUAUUAAGUGUUAAAACUUUUGAUGUUUUGGAGGCUUUGGCAAAAAAGUCUGUUAUUUGCCAUAGCGUCUUAAAACAUUAAACUGAACAAUUGUAAUAUGAAAACCUUGCUAUAUAAAUACGAAUAUAAAUGCCGCAUAUAAAGACAAAUUUGGUCACUUUAAAAAGUUUGUUUUUUAUAAAACGUAUCACAAAAAAACAUGUAAUUUCGAUCCAUUUUCUUUCCAUACACUAGAUUUAUAAAGACAGUCUUUUACAGUUUAGGUUUAGAAAUAUCGCUUUUUUUUUUGUUCGUUGAAUAUUUUUGCAAUAAUCUAGUGGGCGAUAAAUAGAAUUGUUGAUUUGGCACUUAAAAAAAUUUGCAAAUUUGAUAAUAUGGAUUCUUACUUGUAUUAUGCGGAAACUCAAAGACCCACCUAUAUUAUUGUAAAAAUAUUCCAGAUAAUUUCAGAGAAAGUCUAUAGAAAUAAUCAGACCGCCACCAACGUUAAAGAACCGAACUGAUAUCCUCUGGCUCUUUGUCUCGUUCCUUUUCUUUUUUAUCAUCUUUUUCUUUCUUUUUUGAUUUUUUUCUUCGUUUAGAGUCUCGCGUUUUCGGUGAUCUUUCCAAUAGAAACAGGGCCUCGUGAAAAUCAUCUGAACUCAAGUUGGAUUCUUGAACGUGAAGAACUGAACUGAGUGCACCAUCCGUUGAAGAUUUCGGAAAC